CUUUCAGGAGUGGUUGCAGGGUGUUACUACCAUUCAGUCUGAUCCAGAAGAGGGAGGGAAUUGGAGCAGUGGCAAAUUGGCAGAAUAAAUAUAUGUAAAUUAUUUUAAGCGCUUGGUUAGCAGGAGCUGCCUGUGAGAUAACUUCCUUCCUGACAUCAGACUGAAGUUCGCUGUGGAGUGCAAUUCAUUUUUUGGGUCCACUAGAUCUCAUCAACCCAGAAAGGGAAGAAUCAAAACUGUGACAUCUCUUCCUUGCAGAGAUGGAGACUGCCUCACUUCAGGAACAAAGUAGUGACCUAGAAGAAGGUUUCACGGCUGGAAGACGUUUCAUGAUUCGAGUGAAUGGAGUUAUGCAUGACGUGUCAAAAGAUGACCCACGGACACCGCUGGCUCCAUACUUGCACUUCAUGCUGCAACUUUGUGGAACAAAGACCAUGUGUUUUGAAUGUAGCUGUGGCAUUUGUGCUGUGCUGCUUGAAUACGAUGACCCGGAGAACCUUGGAAAUAGGAUCACCAAACCAAUUAAUUCAUGUUUGUUUCCAAUUGGAUCUCUCCUGUCAUUGAAGAACCACCAAGUGACAACAAUAGAGGCCCUGGGGUCUGUAAAGAAAGGUUUACACCCCAUACAAAAGCGACUGGCUGAUUACAAUGGAAGUCAGUGUGGAUUCUGCAGCCCAGGCUUUGUCAUACAGAUGUAUGGGCUUCUGAAGAACAAUCAAACUCCUAGUGCUCAGGAAGUAGAGGAUUACUUUGAUGGCAAUGUCUGCAGAUGUACAGGGUACCGGCCUAUUUUAGAUGCGAUGAAGUCUUUUGCAACAGAUUCAGACCCAAGUCUGAGAGGAUCCCUCAUUGAUAUAGAGGACUUGAUGAUAUGUUCCAAGACAAAGCAGCUUUGUAAUCAGAGCCCUUUGGAUGAAGUUGAACACCUCAUUGGUGCAGCAGGGGGCAGCAUGGGCUUGCUUUACUCAAAGUUUGGAAUAAAAUGGUACCAGCCCAGAACCCUAACUCAACUGCAUCAAAUAAUGCAUAACUCUAGAGAAGUCAAACUUAUCAAUGGAGACACUUCUAAAGGCGUCUACAAGGGGAUAUAUUAUAAAGUCUACAUUGAUGUGAAAGGAGUCCCUGAUCUCUACAAUGUCACGAUGGAACCUGGUGGUUUAAAGGUGUGGUCUAACGUCACCCUGAGUUCACUCAUUGACUACUUGAAACAGUAUUCUGACCAAUCACCAUCCUACAAUGUUAUGGCUCAUUACUUGCUCAAGGUUGCAAAUAGACCUGUGAGAAAUGUUGCUGGAUGGGCUGGAAAUUUGAUGCUGAAGUAUGAACACCGUGAGUUUUUAUCUGAUGUAUUUGUGGCCUUUGAAGCUGCUGGUGCUAAAUUGACCAUUUCAGAUAUCUGUGAGUCGAACACUUACACUCCGAUGGAGUUCCUUGAUGUUAACAUGCAAGGAAAGAUUCUUUUGUGUGUGGACAUUCCAAAGCUGGCUAAGGAUGAAAAGAUGAACAUCUAUAAGGUCAUGUCCCAAACGCAGAAUACUCAAGCUUAUGUGAGUGCCGGGUUCCGUGUUCAGUUAGGUGUUUCAGAUACUUGGGAAAAUGAGCAGUUGAUAGAAUCCAUCUCAAUGGUAUAUAUUGGAAUCAACAGAAAUUUCAUUCAUGCCUUUGCCACGGAAAAAUACCUCCAAGGCAAAGAUAUCACUUCCAUUUGUACUCUGAAAGGUGCUUUAUCUACACUCGACAAGGAAGUAAUUCCUGAUGACGGCAAUCCACUAUUUGCCAGUGCUACAUACAGGAAAUCACUGACACUUGGGCUUUUCUACAAGUUUUACCUGUCCCUGUUGAGUGAAGAUAUUGUUUCACCUUGCAAUUGGAGUGCCCAGUUCUCUUUGGUACGUCCUAUAUCCACAGGAAAACGAAUUUACAGCAGCAGACCAGAGAAAUACCCUUUGACAAAGCCUAUGCCAAAAUUAAAUGCCUACCAGCAGACUUCUGGAGAAACUCAGUAUGUCAACGACAUACUGCCUCUUCCAAAUGAGUUAUUUUCAGCAUUCACUCUGAGCGAAGAGGGAAAUGCAACCAUCAGCAGCAUUGACAUUACAGCAGCCAUGGAGGUGCCUGGUGCUGCAGCAGUGUAUUUAGCAAAGGAUAUACCUGGAUCCAACACAUUUAUGCCUCCACCCCAUGAGGUUGAAGAGAUCUUGAGUAGUGGUCCUGUUCUGUAUGCUGGGCAGCCAGUCGCACUGUGUGUUGCUGUUUCACAGCAUCGUGCUCUCGAGAUGGUAGAAAGAGUGAAGGUCACCUACAAGGAUCAACAGCCACCAAUAGUGACCCUUGAAGAUGCUAUUGAAAAGAAAUCCUUUUACCCACCACCUGGAAAGGAGUUGCUUGUUGGUGAUCCUAUCGGUGCUAUUUCAGUAUCUCCUUGCAAAAUUGAAGGUGAAGUUAGAGCAGGUGAACAGUACCAUUUCCACAUGGAAACACAGAUUUGUCGGUGUGUACCUACUGAAAAUGGUUUGGAUGUCCAGGCAUCUAGCCAGUGGUUGGAUUUUGCGCAACAAGCCAUAUCCGGUGCCAUUGGAGUACCUCUCAAGGAGGUUAACAUCACAGCUAAACAUUUGGGUGGAGCUUAUGGAGCUAAAGUUAAUCGAGCCAACUUAGUGGCUUGUGGUGCAGCAGUGGCUGCAACAUUGCUUCACAGACCUGUUCAAUGCAUAAUGGACUUGACCAGCAACAUGAAAGCAAUUGGCAAACGCCAUGGUUAUAUUGUCAAGUACAAGGUGGGAUUUAAUGAGGAUGGUACACUAAAUGGUGUUAUCAUUACCUACUACUGCAACAAUGGAAGCAGCCCAAAUGACCAUGAGGCUGGACAAUACUUCGCAUAUUCUGAUAAUGCAUACAAGUGUAAGAACUGGCAGCUGAUCCCUGUAGCAGUUAAGACGAACCUUGCAGCCCACACAUGGUGCAGAGCUCCUGGUUCAAUGCCCAACAUAUUUGUCAUUGAAACAAUUCUGGAACAUGUGGCCAAGUUUCUGUCAUUGGAUCCAAUCAGAGUAAAGCAGAAGAACUUAUAUGCUCAAGGAGACACUACACCAAUGGGCUUUGUCCUGCCCUACUGCAGCAUCCAGGAACUUUACAAAUCUCAGUUAACAAAAGUGGAUGUGGCUGGACGACUGCAAGCAAUUAAAAAAUUCAAUGCAGACAAUAGUUGGAAGAAGAAAGGACUGGCAGUGGUUCCUCUCAAGUACUGCUUGUACUGGACCGAAGGACGUUUCCUGUGCACUGUUUCAAUAUUUGCCAGUGAUGGUUCAGUUAUAGUAACACAUGGUGGAGUUGAAAUUGGUCAAGGCCUUAAUACCAAGGUUGCUCAAGUAUGUGCCUAUGUUUUGGGAAUUCCAGUCAAUCUCAUCUCCAUAAAUCCAACAACAACAAUUAACAGUCCGAACUCUGGUACAACUGGUCGCAGCAUCAGCAGUGAACUUAACUGUUUGGGUGUGCGAAAUUGUUGUGAGAUAUUGAGGGAGAGAAUUAACCCUGUGAAGCGUAUGCUUCCACCAGGCACCCUUUGGAAGGAUUUGGUGGCAGCCUGUUUUAAAUGCAAAGUGAAUUUGACUGCACAGUCUUGGGUGUGGCCUGACCCACAGCCCAGAGAUGCCCCUCAGUAUAACUCAUAUGGAGUGACUGUGGCAGAGGCUGAAAUUGACGUCCUGACUGGCGAGAACCAGAUCAACCAAGUGGAUAUCCUCUUUGACUGUGGUGAAAGCUUAAACCCUGACAUUGAUAUUGGACAAGUUGAGGGUGCAUUUGUCAUGGGCAUGGGAUAUUGGCUGAUGGAGAAGAUGAUCUAUAACCCCAAGACUGGGGAGGUACUGAAUGCAGGGACAUGGGAUUACAAAAUACCAUUUAGCAAGAGUAUACCUAUCAACUUCAACAUCGAGCUACUAAAGAAUGCACCCAACCCAAUGGGUGUGCUUCGCUCCAAGGCCUCUGGAGAACCUCCCCAGUGCAUGUCCUGUGCAACUUUAUUUGCUGUGAAACGUGCCAUUGAGGCAGCACGUCAGGAUGUUGGGCAGGACACCUACUUUCCAUUAAGUGGACCAGCAACAGUCGAUGUAAUCCAGACAAGCUGCCUUGUGGACUACAGAAACUUUUCGAUCUGAAAACUCAUAACCAAUUUGUGCUUUUAUACCAAACAAAGCUAAUAUUUUGCUCUCUCUCAGAAAUUGUUUUCCCUUUCCCUCCAUCACACAAUGCUAUAAGUAUAUAUCCACACAACCUUUAUCGUACUUUAAUGUUUACUCCUAUACUGAUUGUCUAUUUAUAUCUAACACAAACCUACAGAUUAAACACAAUAUGGGAUAGUU